CCCGACCUCGCAGCACCUGCGGCCUCUCCAAGGCCACGCCCCUGGCGCCCGCGCGUCGCUUCCGGGUCCUCCCAGGGGCUCCCCGCCCCGGCCCCCAGCUCCCCAGCAGGCCCCACCUCUCCGCUCUGGCUCCUCCCCCGCGUCCACGCGGGGUAUUUACGGUCCACGCCCGGCCAUCGCGACGCAGAUCCCGGGCGGCGGAAGUGACGCUCCCGGCGAAAGCCCCAGGGCCGCGCGAGCGAGCUCCUGAGGUCGCUCCAAGUGCGCAGCAACAUGGCCCUGCUCCUGUUUCUCGCCCUCACUUUGGGAGCUGGGAGCCAGGCUGAAGUGAGUGUUCCGGACCCGGAGCUGUCCUCAGUGCCAGAACCAAUGAAUCUUACAUUUGAGGCCUUUAACCUGAAUACUGUUCUACAUUGGAAAUAUCCAGUCAUGUCUCCAACCCCAGUUUUUACUGUAGAGGUAAAAACCUACCGCAAAGGGAAAUGGAUUCAGGCUUGCAGUACCUCUCAUCAUUAUUGUGAUAUUUCUUCCCAAAUUGAUGACCCAACAGUUUCUCUCUGGGCCAGAGUUAGGGCCAGACUUGGGCAAAAAGAAUCAAAAUAUGUAAAGUCAAAAGAAUUUAUUUUGUGCAGAGAAGGGAAAAUUGGACCACCUACAGUGGAUAUCAGGAGAGAGAAAGACACAGUCAUUACUCAUAUAUUUGAUCCCUUAAUGAUGGUAAAUGAAGAAGAGUCAGAAGUCAUCUAUGAUGAAGAAAAAUAUUGUUAUACAUUUUUUUAUAAGUUGUAUGUGGAAACAAAUGAGAAUGAAACUGAAACAAUUGAUGUGGUGGAUUGUAAUGAUACUCAGUGCUUUAUCAGUUUUCCUGUAUCUUCCUUGAAUUCCAAGUACUGUGUUUCUGCAAAGGGAAAGUCAGAUAGAUGGGACGUGUCAACUGAAGAGUCUGAAAAACUUUGUAUUCUCAUCUCCCACAAUGAUGAUGAAAGUACAGAAGUUUGGAUUUCAGUUUUAGCUACUUCCAUGUUCAUUCUAGGAAUUUUUAUAGUUGCAAUUUGUAUCAGGAAGAAGAUAAAUCCAUUUAAGAAAGAAAGCAUCAUAUUACCCAAGUCAUUGCUGUCUGUGAUAAAAAGUCCUCCUGCAGAGCCAAAACCUUACUCAAAAUAUAUAUCACCAAUCACUUACCAACCAAUCCUCCUAGAAAACAAGAAGGUGACCUCAGAACAAUUGUCUCCAGCGACAAUUUUAGAUAUGCAUGCUGAAAGCAAUCCAGAAAAAGUAGAACACAGAGAAGAACUUCCCAGUGAAACAGAAGUACUGAAUACUCAAACAGACACCUCCAAUAUGACCGCUAAUAGCUCUCUGACUAUGAGGAGAGAAAAUUCUUUGCAUUCAAGUAGUAACCUGUCUGAAUCUUGCAGUGUUGCUUUAAAGGCUUAUCAUUCCAGGAAUGGUUCUGAUAGUGGCCUUGUGGAAUCAGAAAGCUUAUUAUCUGAUUCGGAAUUUACUCCAACUAAUAUAACUGAAAUGAAGACAGAACAAGAGUCUAUAGUGCUGACAAACACUACCACAUCCUUUGGUUAUGACAAGCCACAUGUAUUAGUAGAUCUACUUGUGGAUGAUAAUGGUAAAGAGUCCUUAAUUGGUUACAGACUUACAACAGAUUCCAAAGAGUUUUCAUAGGGUCAGCUGUGGUGCAUCAGUUUUGAAGCAUCUCUUUUUCCGAACAGAACUUUGACUUCUAUUUCAUGAAAGGAUAAUGAUGUCUAAAAUUGUAUCUUUGUUGAUGAUAACCAAGUAGAGUAUCUUGGUUUAGACUGACAUGGGGAAUGGUUCGCCCUGAGGACCAUCAAAAUAGCCCUUGGCAGGAAAAAGGUUCCCCACCCAGGUUUGAGAUUAAAAGUAUAAUGAACUUGUUUGGCACUGUCACUUUUGAUAUAACUGCAAAGACUCUUUAGAAAAAACAACUUCUGUUGAAUAUAAGCCUCUCCAUCUUCAUGCAUCAGCAUUAAAGAAGACUAGUCUCUAAUAUGUCUGCUUCUUCUGAUAGUAGUUGGUAUCCUGGAGUUUUUCUAACCACUUCAAACAGUAGAAUGGACUAUUUUUCCCCCUUCAGGUGCUUUAAUUUGGUUUUUGUUUAUGGAUGAUGAUGUAGAAAAGAAAUCCUGAAAACAUCAAAAUUGUAUUUCAAAGUAAUAAAAUUUAAAAAAUGUAUGUAAAUGUAAACAUGUACAAAUAUUUUAUGCAAUGUUUUUAGAUUUUUUAAUAAAGCAUUUUAUUUUAAAGUU